UUCCCCGCGACGGUGGUCAAGGCGGUCGACAGGCUGAGCUACGUCCUGGAGUGCCUGGAUGAUCAAGUGGACGGUGGGAAGGUGGCGGUGUACCGGCAUUGGAGGUACAUCAGGCCGGCUGAAUACCAUUGCCCGCGGGAGAGCAAGGUGCGUCUUUAUCCUGGCACCGCGGUGGAGGUGUGCUGCGACGAGGCAUGGUUGCAAGGAGUGGUGCGCAGGGUUGUCAGGGAGGAUUUUGAGUAUGAGGUCAGUGUCGAUGGUGAGAAGGCGGAGCAGCUGCUAACCAAGACGGUGUACCAGCUGAGGCCACUAUACAUGUGGAACGGCAAGCGUUGGACUCAUGGUCAGCAAGCUUCUCUAUCGGCAACACCACCAUCGGCACAGCUCACCGAUACUUUGGCUGUAAAUGUCCCGGAUACUCUGCCAGCUGGAGAAUCUGCCGAAGACAUGCCAACAUCCCCUCCUUCAACCAGAAUUAGGACAUUGUCUCCGGCGCUGAAGAAAGUAAGGACAAGGGCUUCACCUUCUCAAAUCAGGACACUAUCUCCCUCUUCGAAGAAAGCAAGAACAUCAUCUUCAUUUCGUCAGGCUACCCAGCAAGCAUUGGCCGGAUCCUCCAGUCAACUAUCAAUCCAACAAGACACACCUGAUACCACAAUCUCUACACUUCUUCCUUCUGGCUCUAAUCUUGAUGAAAUAAACUUGAAGCAAGCGCAGGAUUCCCCAGAUAAUAGCAUGUUCUCCUUCCAAAUCGGAAUCACUGCACAAGAAGAAGAAGAACCAUCUUCGGCUGAAUCGGCUGUACUACCUGACGAUGUCAAGGCCAAGCUCCAAGAGGUAUUCCAGCUUCUGAGCCAGGAUAUUGGUUAACUGGUCCGGGACGCCAAGCCGAUUCGCACUAUUCUGAAGACUUUGGAAGGCCAACUCCCAGAAUCAAUCGAAGAAGUUUUGAUUCCUGCAGCUUUUAUCGAGAGUCACCGAGUACAAGUUUUCAAGGCUCAGAAGCGUCUCGCCGACCGUGCUCAGCAGGAACAGAUCUGAAAGCAAAGAGAUGAUUUCAAGAAUCAACUAGAAUCAACCUGUGCCGAAAUUGACUCUAUGAAGAAGACUAAGAGCGAACUGGAAUCCAAGCGCGACUCUCUCCUUCAGGUACUCAAUCGAGUCAACCAAGAGAUUGAUGUCGUAGAUAAUGACUUGGCUAGGAUUCAACCAACCAUCAUCAGACUUGAAAGAGAAAAGCAAGAACAAGCACGCCAAGCUUACCAACUGCACAAGAGCAUGCAGCCGAUCCCUGGUUCGGCAAGUGAUGAUAACAAGGUGAUCCAAAAAGCUGACAAAAUCCGCCUGCCUGCGAUGAAUGCGAUCCAGAAUGCCCUCGGAUCGUUGUAAGAAACCUGACAAUAUCUUGAGCUGUAGUUUUGAAACUCGUCCAUUGUAACACAAACAAUCCAACUGCUUUGUGACAUAUGCUCAUCAUGUGACUCCCGAAUCUCGCUGUGAUGAAUAAUAUUUUGCAGUAUAAAUGCCAACAAAAAUACACUUCUCUUUGUA